GACCGCAGAGUCUUGCCUGGGCUCUGGCGGCGGCUCUUCCUGCCGGGUCCCCCAGCGGCUACCGCUUUCGCCUGUAGCCCCGCCGCCGGCACGAUGGAGGAGGAGGACGAGGAGGCGCGGGCGCUGCUGCCGGGCGGCCCUGCCGCGGCGGGAGAAGGCGCCCGUGCCGCCCCGCGGGCGCUGCCGGCACUCUGCGACCCCAGCCGCCUGGCGCACCGGCUGCUGGUGCUGCUGCUGAUGUGCUUCCUCGGCUUCGGCAGCUAUUUUUGCUAUGAUAAUCCUGCUGCCCUUCAGACUCAGGUUAAACAAGAUAUGCAGGUGGAUACCACGAAAUUCAUGCUGCUGUAUGCCUGGUAUUCUUGGCCCAAUGUAGUUUUGUGUUUCUUUGGUGGCUUUUUGAUAGACCGAGUAUUCGGAAUACGAUGGGGCACAAUUAUUUUUAGCUGCUUUGUUUGCGUUGGGCAGGUUGUUUUUGCUCUGGGUGGAAUAUUUAAUGCUUUUUGGCUGAUGGAAUUUGGAAGGUUUGUGUUUGGGAUUGGUGGGGAAUCCUUAGCAGUUGCCCAGAAUACAUAUGCCGUGAGUUGGUUUAAAGGUAAAGAAUUAAACCUGGUGUUUGGACUCCAGCUUAGCAUGGCUAGAAUUGGUAGUACGGUGAACAUGAACCUCAUGGGGUACCUGUAUUCUAAGGUUGAAGCUGCGUUGGGUUCUGCUGGUCCCACAACACUGGGGGUCACACUUAUGAUUGGGGCUAUAACGUGUAUUCUUUCACUAAUCUGUGCCUUGGCCCUUGCUUACUUGGAUCAGAGAGCAGAGAGAAUCCUUCAUAAAGAACAAGGAAAAACAGGCGAAGUUAUUAAAUUAACUGAUGUAAAGGACUUCUCCUUACCCCUGUGGCUCAUAUUUAUCAUCUGUGUCUGCUAUUAUGUUGCGGUGUUCCCUUUUAUUGGACUUGGGGUGGUUUUCUUUAAAGAGAAAUUCGGAUUUUCUACCCAGGCAGCAAAUGCAAUUAACAGUGUUGUAUAUGUCAUAUCAGCUCCCAUGUCCCCAGUAUUCGGGCUCCUGGUGGAUAAAACAGGGAAGAACAUCAUCUGGGUUCUGUGUGCAGUAGCGACCACUCUUGUGUCCCACAUGAUGCUGGCCUUUACGAUGUGGAACCCUUGGAUCGCUAUGUGUCUUCUGGGAAUCUCCUAUUCACUGCUUGCCUGUGCAUUGUGGCCAAUGGUGGCAUUUGUAGUUCCUGAACAUCAACUGGGAACUGCAUAUGGCUUCAUGCAGUCCAUUCAGAAUCUUGGGCUGGCAGUCAUUUCCAUCAUUGCUGGCAUGAUAUUGGAUACUCGGGGAUAUUUGUUUUUAGAAGUUUUCUUCAUUGCCUGUGUUUCCUUGUCACUUUUGUCUGUGGUCUUACUCUAUUUGGUGAAUCGUGCCCGAGGUGGGAACCUAAAUUAUUCUGCGAGACAAAGGGAAGAAAUAAAACUUUCCCAUACCCAAUGAGAAGUUUAAAUGACUGCAUCAUGAGAAUGGGCUGCACACGUCAUUGGUUUGAAAACCUCUGUUUAAAAAAGUUUUUUAUUCAGAGUUUAGUCAUUAGGAAAAAUAAUGGACUCGAAAAUUUUAUUUCAAAUUUACCUAUUUCAAAGGGUAUUUGUGAGGACUGUUUCAGCCUGGCUUUUACAUUGUGUGUUGCUGAAGAAUUCUACUUUGAAAAGGCUAAUCCACAGUGAACAGUUUAGAAAAUUGCUCUGGAACAUCCAGGUGAACUUCAGGAAGGACAGGAAAUAAUGGAAAACAUAGGAUCUUAUAUUGAGAUAAUUUUCACUAAGUGUAUCUUUAUGGCCUUUUCUUUAUCUUAGAGCAGAAAAAAAAAAAAAAAACUUGAGGGGGGUAGUAAACUGGUUUAUGCAGAAUAAACAUUGGCAUUGUGAUAGGCAUUCCCUUUUGUGAAAGGGAAAAGUGAUAGGGAAUUCAAAAGAUAAAUUUUUGAAGUCUCUUUAUAUUCACGACUAGCAGAUGUGCUGUUCUUGCUCUAGUUAUGAGGGUGGCUGAGCAGUGACCCUUUUGGGUUUCUCAUCUCUGUCACUGAGGACCCUAAUCACUUAGGCACAUAAUUUUGUAGUACACACUUUCUGUCGUUUUUUUCUUACAGGCUACUAAAUAAAAAGUGUCCUUCAAUUUAUGAUAAUUUCCUAUCUCCCUGGAUAAAUAAAAACAUGACAAGGAAUACUUGAUGUUUCCUAACUUUUGAUUUUUAAAAAAAUACUAAAACACUGAUUUUAACUUUUAUUCAUGUGAAAUAUUAUAAGGGUACCCAAGUUGGAAUAAAGAAAACUUGCUUGAUUACAGUCACUGAAAUAUUAUGGGAGUAGCUUUGUCUCCAGAGUAGGGCUUUAGGUACAUUUCUGGUUUUUUUGUAUUAAAUAAAAUAUGAAUAUGAAGCUUCUCUGAUAAACCUUAAACCUUUUUUAAUGGACUUAGCCUUAGAAUAUUAAUGUCAAGGAAUUUUUUUUUAUAUGUUUUGCUCUCUAUGGGCAUGCAGAUAUUUUAGACAGCAAAUAUUAAACCAAUGUAUUUAGCCGAUUAUAUUGUUUAAAGUACAUUACAUAACAUUGUAUGCCUAAAAGUUCUGGAACAGAUUGAAAGUGCAUUCCUUAUGCAGGGUAACUUUAUUUACCACUUUUUUCUGAUUUUCAGUUAAUCAUGUCAUUAUUCAGUUGUUAGUUCUUUAGACUUUGACUGCCAUGUGACUAUAAUAUUGGUCUCACCGGUGAGGCAGAGUGCAGGAAGUUGCUGCUGCCACCGCAGGGCUUGGGUGGCCAGGCCCCUGCCUUACUCUCCACCGCCUCUGUGCUCCAGCCACAGUGAGCUGCUUAUGUGUUUUCCAAUGUGCUGUGUUCCUCUGCUCUCAGGGGCUUUGUCCACUCUGUUCCAUUCACUUAGGACAUUUUCUCCAGGGCUCUCUAUAACCUGGUUUCACCUGAUUUAUGGUAGAAAACCAUAGCCCCCAUCCCAGAACCAUUCUUCCUCAUGGAAACCCUCCCAGACCCUUCAGCCUAUGUCAUGUUCUUCUAAAAUUCCCAUCAUCUUUGAAAAGCCCUGUAUUUUUCCUUCUUAGCUUACCUCAUUGUCUAAUGAAGAAUUUGUGAUGGUGUGGGUGUCUGUCUCCUCCUCAGAUUGUAAGCUCCAUGAGGGCAAGGACUGUCUGUUUUGCUGAUAAGGCUGUAUCCACAGUGACCAGCACAAAGUAGGCACAAAAUAAAUAUUUUUGAAUGAUGCGUAAAUAAAAAGGAAAGCAAGUUGGAAUAAACUUUUUGGAGGAUAAAUUGGCAGUAUGAAUAAAAACACUUAAGAGGAUGGUGGUGGGCUGCAUGCUUUUUGUCUUGUGAUUCCAUUUUUAAUCAUUUGUC